AACAUGGCUACGGAGGACUCAUCGCCUGCGUCUCUCUCUCUCUCUCCCCCACAUCCCGGCAAGGAGCCAUUAUUGUCAUCUCCACCUGCUAACCGUAAACAAUAAAAGAUACAAGGCAAGAUUAUCUCGUUGAAGGGCAUACCAGAAUCGAAAUGUUCAAGUCAAUUACAUCAUUCCAGAACAAGAUCCUGAAGCCCUUAUAAAAAGAGCCCGAGACCCACCAUCGAUCGCCACAGCUGUUCUGCGUUCAGGUUCUGAGAGAGAGAUAAAGAAAAGAAAGCAAAGCGAGCAAUCAUGGUGAUGAAGGUCCACGGAAGCGUCUUCUCCGCCCCGACGAUGCGGGUCCUCAUUGCCCUCCACGAGAAGGACCUCGAGUUCAAGUUCGUCUUCGUCGACUUGCGAGCCGGCAAGCACAGGAAGGAGCUUUUCCUCGCCCUCAACCCUUUCGGUCAAGUCCCGGCCUUUGAGGAUGGAGAUUUGAAGCUAUUCGAAUCGAGGGCAAUUACUCAAUACAUUGCUCACGUAUACGAGGACAAGGGCACUCCCCUCGUUUGCGAGGGCAAAGCCAAUAUUUUCUCGUGGAUGGAAGUCGAGGCCCACCAGUUUGACCCGGCAGCGUCGAAGCUGCAUUGGGAGCUCGUGUACAAGUCGAAAAUUGGCAUGGCCACGGAUGCUGCAGUAGUCAAGGAUGCGGAGGCCAACCUUGCCAAGGUCCUCGACAUCUACGAGGCUCGGCUGAGCCAGUCCAAGUAUUUAAGCUGCGACUGCUUCACCCUGGCUGACCUCCACCACCUCUCGGCCUUGACCAGCCUGAUGGGGACACUUGUGAAGAAGCUAUUGGACGCCCGCCCCAAGGUGAGUGCUUGGGUGGCUGACAUCAUGACCCCGCCGGCUUUGGCCAAGGUUCUUGCCAUGAGAAACCAGCAGUGA